AUGAUUUCAGGUACGUUGACACCCGACUACAAUACACCACCGCCACCACAGGGUCUGAUGCAGAAUCUGUUUCGAGGAAAAUGUGAGCAGACCAUCUUCUUCUUUGAUUUAUUUCUGUGCGGUGCGGUGCUCUUUGGGCUGGCUUUCUUUUGAGUGGAUUGGAUUGCUGGAUUUAGUAUUUUGGACCAUGGGGGAACCUGUCAGGUGUACAGCGCACCUGAGAUA